ACUAAAAGAUUCUGAGGUGGGGAGUCGGGAGUUUUCUGGAUUCUUUAUCCGGUAUUAUUGAGGGCGGCCCGCGGCAGGGCUGUCGCUUCUGUGGUCUGGAGGAACGGCGGCCACCGCGCUGCGGAGAUUUCCUUCAUGGAUACCUUUUCAUAGCAUUAUUAUGUGAUGUGAGAAGUUUCUUUUUUAAAAUUUUUUUGUUUUUUGAAGUAACAUGGAUUUUAUACUACAGAAUCAAGAGGAUUGGCUUUAUAGGAAAAAUUGAUCUAUAUAAAUUGGUACAGGUUUUUAUAGAUAAUCAUGACAACAUUCCAUAUGAAUGGGCAUGUUACAGAGGAAUCAGACAACGGAAUAAAAAAUGUUGAUCUUGCAUCACCAGAGGAACAUCAGAGGCACCGAGAGAUGGCUGUUGACUGCCCAGGAGAUUUGGGCACUAGGAUGAUGCCAGUACGACGAAGUGCACAAUUGGAGCGUAUUCGACAACAACAGGAGGAUAUGAGACGUAGGCGAGAGGAAGAAGGGAAAAAGCAAGAACUGGACCUUAAUUCUUCCAUGAGACUUAAGAAACUAGCCCAAAUUCCUCCAAAGACUGGAAUAGAUAACCCCAUAUUUGACACAGAAGAAGGAAUUGUCUUAGAAAGUCCUCAUUAUGCUGUGAAAAUAUUAGAAGUUGAAGAUUUGUUUUCUUCACUUAAACACAUCCAACAUACCCUGGUAGAUUCUCAGAGCCAGGAGGAUAUUUCUCUUCUUUUACAACUUGUACAAAAUAAAGAUUUCCAGAAUGCAUUUAAGAUACACAAUGCUGUCACAGUACAUAUGAACAAGGCCAGCCCUCCAUUUCCUCUUAUCUCCAAUGCUCAAGAUCUUGCACAAGAGGUACAAACUGUUUUGAAGCCAAUCCACCAGAAGGAAGGACAAGAAUUAGCUGCUUUGCUGAAUGCUCCACAUAUUCAGGCACUUUUACUAGCCCACGAUAAGGUGGCUGAGCAGGAAAUGCAGCUAGAGCCUAUUACAGAUGAGAGAGUUUAUGAAAGCAUUGGCCAGUAUGGAGGAGAAACUGUAAAAAUAGUUCGAAUAGAAAAGGCUCGUGAUAUUCCAUUGGGUGCUACAGUUCGUAAUGAAAUGGAAUCUGUCAUCAUUAGUCGGAUAGUAAAAGGAGGUGCUGCUGAGAAGAGUGGUCUCUUACAUGAAGGAGAUGAAGUUCUGGAGAUAAAUGGCAUUGAAAUUCGGGGGAAAGAUGUCAAUGAGGUUUUUGACUUGUUGUCUGAUAUGCAUGGUACUUUGACAUUUGUUCUGAUUCCAAGUCAACAAAUUAAGCCUCCACCUGCUAAGGAAACAGUAAUCCACGUAAAGGCUCAUUUUGACUAUGACCCAUCAGAUGACCCUUAUGUGCCAUGUCGAGAGUUAGGCCUAUCUUUUCAAAAAGGAGAUAUCCUUCAUGUGAUCAGUCAAGAAGAUCCAAACUGGUGGCAAGCCUAUAGGGAGGGAGAUGAAGAUAAUCAGCCUCUAGCUGGGCUUGUUCCAGGGAAAAGCUUUCAGCAGCAAAGAGAAGCCAUGAAGCAAACCAUAGAAGAAGAUAAGGAGCCAGAAAAAUCAGGAAAACUGUGGUGUGCAAAGAAGAAUAAAAAGAAGAGGAAAAAAGUUUUAUAUAAUGCCAAUAAAAAUGAUGAUUAUGACAAUGAGGAGAUCUUAACUUACGAGGAAAUGUCACUUUAUCAUCAACCAGCAAAUAGGAAAAGACCUAUCAUUUUGAUUGGUCCACAGAAUUGUGGACAGAAUGAAUUGCGUCAGAGGCUCAUGAACAAAGAAAAGGACCGCUUUGCAUCUGCAGUUCCUCACACAACUCGGAGUAGGCGAGACCAUGAAGUAGCUGGUAGAGAUUACCACUUUGUUUCACGGCAAGCAUUCGAGGCAGAUAUAGCAGCUGGAAAGUUCAUUGAGCAUGGUGAAUUUGAGAAAAACUUGUAUGGAACCAGCAUAGAUUCUGUACGGCAAGUGAUCAACUCUGGCAAAAUAUGUCUUUUAAGUCUUCGUACACAGUCUUUGAAGACCCUCCGGAAUUCAGAUUUGAAACCAUACAUUAUCUUUAUUGCACCACCUUCACAAGAAAGACUUCGAGCAUUAUUGGCCAAAGAGGGCAAGAAUCCAAAGCCUGAAGAAUUGAGAGAAAUCAUUGAGAAGACUAGAGAGAUGGAACAGAACAAUGGCCACUACUUUGACACAGCAAUUGUGAAUUCAGAUCUUGAUAAGGCCUAUCAGGAAUUGCUUAGGUUAAUUAACAAACUUGAUACAGAACCUCAGUGGGUGCCAUCCACUUGGCUGAGGUGAAGGAAAACAUUCUGUAGCAUGAUUGGACCUGAUCUGGAAAAAUGCCCAAUAGGGAGAUGGCUCCAUACUUCAGCAAGAUUGAGGGUAAGAUGGAAGGCAGCAGGAUAAGCUGCAGACUUGUUAAAGCCCUUGAGCCUAGAGAGAAAAAAGUCCCAUUAGGCAAUUUGUGUACAACUUUAUUCUCUAUGUGUGGCUUUAGGGGCUCUUGGUUCAUUUGGGAGAUUGAAGUGGAAACUUUCAACAAGCAUUUCCAUUUUAUCCUGUUAAAAACCUUUUGUUUCCACCUACGUAAACUUUUUGGCUUGGUCAUCUUUCCAUGAAAAAUUUGUAUAUAAAUACAUAAUCUCCACAUCUCACAAAUAUUGACAUUAUUUAACACUUAAAUAACUUCAUGAAAACAUUUUGGAGGAACAGUGCUUCUGUGCACUGAGCAAAACAGUAUUUACUUAUGAGACUGGUUUAGUCAUCAAAAAUAAUUUCCUAAAAAAGAAUAAGAAAAAGUGUCAUUCUGGCUUGGUAUUAUCUUUUAAUUCUGGAAAAGAUUCCAAUAGAAGCUCCUGGCUUUUUAGUUCAAACUUCUUGGAUCAGACUACAAACAUAUUUAGCAGCCCUUAAUAUAGUUAAAAGUAUACAAACAUUCUGAUCUUUUUAAAGAUGUAAUUUUCUGAAUUUUAAAAUUGUCACAAGUGAUUUGAUAGCUUUGCUUCCUGUCUCUGAUUACAAUAGAAUGUAUUGAUGUUUUUAUGAAUGGCAGGUGUUCAUAUAAAGUGUGCUAUUAAAAAAGUUUCUUGAUGAUGCAAACUUUUUAUUUAAAUGGAAGGGGAUAGCAUAUUUGACAGUUUUUGCAUUUUCAUAUGUGAGAACAGUAUUAGUCUAUGACUGUACUGUGUAUGCAAGUAACAAACUGGAAUUCUGAAUAUAGCUGCUAUAUUGUACACUAGUAUUUAAUAGAUCAAUAAAUGGUCACUGGUAAUACUUGUUCAGCUUUAGAGUUAAAUUAUGUAUGUAUUAGGGGAAUACUAUGCUCUUAGAUCAGAAGGAAAGCCUUGAUUGAAAGAACAUUGGAAGAAAACACUAUUAAACAUGUACAAAUAGGUUUUAUCUUAAUAUGGAUGCAAUAGCUUGCUGAAUCAUAGAAUAAAUGUUUAAGCUAAUGGGAUUUUUGUACUGUCUCAAUAGCUGUAGCUUUAAAAUUCAGUGUAAUUGGCAUGGAAAGUUAAUUUGUAAUCUUUUCAAGCCUCUGCAAAUAGCGUGAUAUGUGACAAAUAACCUCAAAUGUGAAUGCCUUAUUUUUUUAAGAUGGCUUUAGCUACAGCAUUUGGUGUUCCCAAAGCUAAACACUGGAAUACUCCGAUCACUUAAUUUAACACAAACACUUGUUAAUAAGUAAUUUGUGUCGUAGGUAUGACUUUUUCCUCUUCAACAUAAUUUUAUUUGAACAAAUGUAGACAGUUUGAGUUAGCCUUUUUCUUUCUGAUUUUGCAUGGCCUUUUUAGUUGGCUGGGGAG